GGUUCCUCGUAAACAUGCCUCAGGAUGCUCGUGCGCUGGUUGUGAGGGACCUCGGNGGACCCUUUACCUUUGAAGAUGUGCUCGUUGACGAUAUACAGUCCGAUGAGGCUCUAGUCAAGAUCGAAGCGUCGGGCAUCUGUCGUACAGAUUUGCACUGUGCGGCUGGACAUCGUCCGGUGCAAGCGCCCGCCGUCUUUGGCCAUGAANNGACAGGCGCGGGAACAGUCCUCAAAGUAGGCGAACAUGUUACAGGAGUCAAACCUGGCGAUAAAGUGUUGCUUAGCUAUUCCAUCUGCGGCAGCUGCAAACAAUGCACCUCUGGCCAUCGAGCAUACUGCGAAAAGAUGCUCGCGCUCAAUUUCGGCGGCAAGCGCGAGGAUGGCUCGAGGGCAUUGACGCUAAAGUCCGACGGAAACCCACUGUUUAGCAGUUUCUUUGGGCAAAGCUCAUUUUCCAGUGUUGCUGUUGUUCACGGAAGCAGUCUGGUCAAAGUUCCUGAAGAUACACCUUUGGGGUUAUUUGCAUCGCUGGGGUGUAGUAUGCAGACGGGCAUUGGUGCCAUCUUCAAUACACUCGAUGUGCAGCAAGGGUCCACUGUAGCUGUGUUUGGCACAGGUUCUUUGGGCUUAUAUGCCAUUAUGGCAUGCAAGCUACGACAAGCAAGAGAGAUCAUCGCGAUUGACAUUCUGCCCUCGCGUCUCCAUUUAGCGACAGACCUGGGGGCAACGGCCACAAUCAACACUUCAGAAGAAGGCGAUGUCGCGCAACAAAUCCGCGAUAUCUGUAAGGCAAACGGGGUUGAUCGCGCACUCGACUGCUCGGGUGUUGCACCCAUUAUCGAAACAAUGGUUGACUCGCUGGGCACCAGGGGCAAAGCGUGCUCGGUGGGUUCAAAUUUGCCCGGCACGCGUGUCAGCAUAGAUGUGCACAAGCAUUUCGUCCUGGGCAGAGAGUAUGUCGGCUGUCAUCAGGGAGAUUCGGAUCCGCAUGAGAAGGUCACGACUUUUUAUGACGUGCAUGACUUUCGGCGCGCUUUUGAGGAUGUCGAGUCAGGUAAGACUGUCAAGGCUGUUCUGACUUGG